UUGAAUAUUGUAAAGUUCUUCUCUGUUGAGCAAAAUAGACAUUGAAUCUUGAAAAAUUUUGAGCUUAAGAAGUUUCUUGUUCUUACGGCCUUUGAUUAGUGACACCGGUUGAUGCUGUACUGUUUGUCUAUAUGGGGGAUAGAAGAAAACGAAUGAAACUUGAAGAUGAAAUCGACAGAAGAAGGAGUAGAAGAAUUGUUGCUUUGGAAGAGAAGAAGCAGCAGGAAAGAGAGAGGAAUAACAACUCAAUCAACCAUGACAUCAGAAACAAAGGAAAAGGCAAGGCAACAAUGGAGGUAUGUGAUGACUUGAUUGAUUCUAAUGAAGAUGAGGAUGGUCCAACCAAGAAGGGAGGCAAGAACAAAGAACUUUAUCAACUCAUAUCUUCAAUCAAGUCAAUACAGGAACUAGGAAGACAAUCUCGGAAUGCAAGUGCUUCAGGAACAAAUGUCUCAUCUCUGAAUGGUAUGCCAUUAAAGAACAUCGUUGAAAUUAUCAUUGAUUUUCUACAAAGGAAAGACCCCGAUGAACUAUUUGCUGAACCAAUUAAUCCUGAUGUGGUGGAGCAUUACUAUGAAAUUGUGAAGCAGCCAAUGGAUUUCGGUACCAUGAGGGCCAAAAUUUUUGAGGGCAUGUAUACAAACAUUGAACUGUUCAAGCGUGAUGUCUUUCUGAUAUGCUCCAAUGCAAUGAAUGCUACUCCAGAAAACUCAAAAUAUCACCAAGUGGCUGAAGAUAUAAGUAAGUAUGCUAAGUGGAUUUUUGAGGCUCUAAGUGCUGACCCUGAACAUUUUGAAUUGGAAUUUUCCCUCAACAAGAAAAGCUCUUGUAGAAAGCCACAAAGUGAAAGGAGAACCUCACGGAAGGUUUCUUCUAAACCUGCUGGGAGAACAAAUUCUAGUUCUGUUACUGUACCUGAAACAGAAAAGAGGGACAUGCAUUUGCCUCCAAGUAAGCCAAUGUUUUCCGAAGUCCUAUAUGCUAACAAGCCUAUCAUUCAAUUGAACACAAAUCCAAUCAAGUACAAAGAAAGUCUACUGCGGUUUGUGGAGGAUUUGGGACCAAUAGCUCAAAGGGUUGCAGCCAAAAAACUAGAAGCACUCAAGGAUCAGCAACUUUGCAAUGAUGAAAAUGUUUCAGGCACUCAGAUUAUUCAUCAGCCAACUCCACAAACACCAACACAAGAAGACACUUUCAAUGCUCAGACACUUGCUCUUGCCCUUCCCUUUCUCAAUAGGCCACUCACUAUUCCUGGUUCUGCAGCUCAGGAAAACAGAAAUUUCUACACCACUAAUGCUGGCAGUGUUAACAGCUGGAAUGCUUGUUCGGCUGCGCUUUUGAGCAGCUUGCUUUUAAAAAAUGACAAAGGAGGAAGUCCUAGUGGAAUUGAGAGCUCUAAUACAAGAGGAACCAUGAACUUUGGGGACCUCUCAAAGGACAAAAUGGUUUCCCCACUUGAGAAUGUGUCUUCGCUUCUUGGACCUGUUAAGGAGGUUUCUAACCAGCUAGAGUCAGGAGUUAACAAAACCAGCAACACAAGACAGUGGAAUACCUCUUCUGAUACACCAAACAUGUUAAACACUGGAAGCUCUAGCAAUGAGUUUGCCCGUGUCUAUCCAACACGUGUGAUUUCAAGACCAGAGCCACACAUUAACCUCCAAGAACCAUCUUUUGUGUCUCACUCAAGGCCAGAAAAUUCAAAGUCUUGCAUGCCAAGCAACAACCUCACCGAGCUAUCUCUUAUGCCUCAGCUAAGGCCAAAAGACACUAUUAACCUCGCAGAGUUGUCUCUUGUAUCUCAGCCAAGGCCAAAAUACUCCAUGUAUGGCAUGCCUAGCAAUAACCUCACUGAGCUACCUCUUAUGCAUCAGUCAUGGCAAGCAAACUCCACAUCUAGCCUGAAUCCCUCAAGGGUAUCUUUUUUGUCUCGAACAGUGCAAGAAGACUUAAUUCCUAGCACCUCACAUCAGCAAAAGGACUUCCAAACAAUGCAGGAUUCACCAUAUUUCAACAAUACACUCAACCAAGCUGUACCAAACACUCCACCAACAACUCAUGGUUUUCCUGACAUGCAAAUGCAGGUAAUUAGUCCACAUGAACCAAAGUCAACAUCAUCUGAAGAAAAAGCUCCUCUACAACUUCUAAGGGAUAAUGAUAAGCAGCCAAACUUGGCCCUUCGGCUCUAAGUAUGGCAGACUACAAAGGAUUCGAUUCAUAAUACUGGUUUGUUAUAAUACUGCAUGUGUCAGAUCUUUGGUGCUCUUAUGAUAUUGGUUUGUUAAGGUUUAUGGCAGACUUAAAUCCUUUGUGACUUUUGUUAAAUAGAUACUAUCUUCUGAACCUUUGAGUAGGUUAAUUUGCUUGCCUAGUUAAGAUGUUUUGAAUGGGAAACUAUUCCUGUUUGCUUGGCCAGCAACAAGUAAAGUUUGCAGCUUUAAAUUUGCUCAGCCUAACUGGUUAAAGGAACAACG